AUGGAACCUGUUGACGCCGAACGCGCGCGACAGCUGUCGCUCUUCCGGCCACUAGGCGCGUCAUAUUACACCAGCUCCGUGGCCGUGCGCCCCGAGCAUUAUGGAGAACUUAUGGAUCGGGGUUGGAGACGAUCGGGGACUCUGUACUAUAAGCAGAAUCUCCAGCGGUCCUGCUGUCCGCAUUACACCCUAAGAUUGGAAGCUUCGGCAUUUCGCCCCCGCCGUGAUCAGCGCAAGGCCAUCAAUCGUUGGAACAAGUUUAUUCUCGGCCCCGAGUAUAUGCGAAAGGUCGCUCGCCUGAGUCCCCGUUCUCGAGAAGAGAAAAAGGAACGCAAGUGUAACUUCAAUGUCCUAUCCGCUGUCCACGAGGUCGAAUACAGCAACCUGAAGCGCCCUAUUGAUCCGGCCACCAAACGAGCCAUAGAGCCAGCACAUCGCUUCGAGGUCAAUCUUGAGGGUGAUUCAGUCUCCCAGGCAAAAUUUGAUCUCUUUGUCAAGUAUCAAACGAAAAUUCAUCGCGAGGAUGUUUCCCGCUGGAAGUUGAAGGAUUUUCAAAAUUUCUUGUGCUCAGGAAUCAAGAAAACCGAGACAGGCGAGAAAAAGCUCGGCUCAUGGCAUCAAUGCUAUCGUUUGGAUGGGAAGCUGAUUGCUGUUGCGGUACUGGACCUGGUGCCGAGCGGCGUGAGCUCCGUCUAUGUCUUCUAUGACCCUGAAUAUGAACAAUGGGAAUUUGGAAAGCUGAGUGCCAUGCGAGAAAUCGCAUUCUCGAUCGAGAACAAAUAUCCUUACUAUUACAUGGGAUACUACAUCCACAGUUGCCAGAAGAUGCGGUACAAGGGAAAUUAUCGCCCACAGUACAUACUUGACCCGGAGUCAAACACAUGGGAUCCAUUAGAUGGCGAACUCACCGAGAAACUAGACCAACGACCCUACGUGUCUCUUUCCCGAGACCGGUCCUCCGGCGACGAGUCCAUGUCCUCCUCCACACCCCUCGACUCCGAUGUGAACGAGGAAGAGCUAUCCCUUUUCGCCCUCAAUAUGCCAGGUGUGUUGAAGCUGGACGAGGUGAAGGCUCUGAAUUUGAGUGACUGGUAUCUACUCUAUCAUGGGUCAUUCGUACAGAUGAGUGACCUGGUUGGCUGGGAGGACAUGCCCAUAGACAACCCACAAUCGUUGAGAGGCAUCGUCUCAGAGCUCGCAGCCGUCCUCGGGCCGUCCAUUGUCCGUAACAGUGCAGUGGUGCUUUUCGAUUGA